GUUUAUUUUAUUACAACAUCCAACUUUUACUAACGUCGCACCGAAAAUUAACGAAUUCUCUGUGACAAAUUCUACAACGAAGGAGCCCAUAGAUAUUACCGUAACGGGUGCAAUUGAUCCAAGUGAUAGGUUGGACAAUCCAAAUUCAAAUAUUAUUGAUUCGUUAAUUUCAUCUUAUUUUUGGAUUGGCGGAUCCUAUGUACAAAGGGAUACUUGGGAUUUUUGGGCGGUAGAAGCGUUAACGUUACUCGCUAGCAUUUUUGUAGUAACGGUUUUACAAAACAUGUUCAUCGCGUUUAUGGGCGGGAUUUAUUCUGACGCGCAUGUUCAAGCAAGCAAUGCGUUAUUAAGAUUUAGGGCUGAAAAUAUUUCGGAUUACGAAGCAUUGGAUGAUGUGCAUUUCUUACCCUUGACCCCGGAUCCAAAAUAUAUUUGUUACAUAGGUCAUUCAUCAAGUUAUGAAACUUGGAAAAAAUUAAGUGAGACGAAAACUCAUACAUUAUAUCAUAAAUAUGAAGAAAAGAUUACAGAGAUUAAGGGUUUAUAUGUAGAUGAAAAUUUGAAUGAUAAAAAUUCUUUGUGGAAGUGGGAUGAUGUAAUAAUUGAUCAUGACGCAGACAAAUGA